UAAUUGGUAUAUAUUUAUGUCUUUCUUUAUCACAACCAAUCCAUUUCUUAAAUAGAGAAACCCUGAAGACUCCCACAAAAAACCCCCCUCUUACAUUCUUCGUCAUCGUGUCUCCGCUAUGAAGCGUUGAAUUCUCUCGAUCGGAUCUUCUCCAGGGUUGUUGAAGCCUGGAUCAAGGAAAGAGUUUGCAGUGGUAGAGGACUUGGUGGAUGAGAGCGAGAUGAUCGGGAGGAAGAGCAUUGGGCGGGCGUCUCCGCUCUUGCUGAUUCUCGUGGCGUUGGCAUCCUUCUUGGUGACCUACAACCUUGUGGUCUUGGUUAUUAAGAACUGGCCGAGGGAGGAGCAGACCCCGGUGGUUGACGAUCCUGUAAUUCAGAUGCCCACCGAUCUGAAUAGACCUGGGCGAACAAGAAGGCCUUUCCAUGUGGCUGUCACGGCGACGGAUGCGCCUUACAGCAAGUGGCAGUGCCGGAUAAUGUACUAUUGGUAUAAGAAUAUGAAGGACAAGGAGGGUUCGGAGAUGGGUGGUUUCACAAGAAUUUUGCACUCUGGGAAGCCCGAUAAUCUAAUGGAUGAGAUCCCUACUUUUGUUGUUGAUCCUCUUCCUGCUGGAAUGGAUCAGGGUUACAUUGUAUUGAAUAGACCAUGGGCUUUUGUUCAAUGGCUAGAAAAAGCAACAAUUAAAGAGGAUUACAUACUAAUGGCAGAACCAGAUCACGUCUUUGUUAAACCUUUGCCUAACUUGGCUCGUGGAAGUUAUCCAACAGGUUUCCCAUUUUUUUACAUCAAACCGUCUGAGCAUGAAAAGUUACUAAGGAAGUUUUUCCCAGAAGAAAAGGGUCCUGUGACAAAUAUUGACCCUAUUGGUAAUUCUCCUGUCAUUAUUCAAAAGUCCCAAUUGGAAAAAAUUGCUCCUACUUGGAUGAAUGUCUCUCUGAUGAUGAAAGAUGAUAAAGAGACUGACAAAGCUUUUGGAUGGGUACUAGAAAUGUAUGGAUAUGCUGUUGCCAGUGCAUUACAUGGCGUGCAACAUAUUCUUCGUAAAGAUUUUAUGAUACAGCCUCCUUGGGAUUUGAAAUUGGGGAACACAUAUAUCAUUCACUAUACAUAUGGAUGUGACUAUUCUUUAAAGGGUGAUCUAACAUAUGGAAAAAUUGGUGAAUGGCGCUUUGACAAAAGAUCAUACCUUCGUGGUCCACCACCAAGAAACCUCUCUUUGCCACCUCCAGGAGUUCCUGAAAGUGUGGUUACACUUGUAAAGAUGGUAAAUGAAGCGACUUCUAAAAUUCCAGGAUGGGACGACUAAAGAUAAUUCUCACUUUGAAGGAGGAUACUGCACUAGGGAAGCUACUUGUGUGGUUUCGGUCAGAUACUACAUUCUGCAAGUAAGAAUUAUAGAAGCCUCAGAAUACAUGUUUAGGGGAGGUGGAGGGUGCACAGCAUUUUUAUUCUCAUAUUUUCAUAUUUUAUUUUUGGUGUCAAAGUAAACCUUUUUCUGGUGAGAUAUUGGAUGGUGUUUUAUCUGUUCUCUUUAUGUGCCUGCGACGGACUUGUCUUGCAAUGCAGGUUAUGUUGACGUAGAUGCUAAGUAGAGUUAAACUUAUUUUCACCAGAAGUGGUCACCAUCAAAUGAUUGAAUGCGAGCAAUAAAAUGACAUAAAGUUAUAAUCAGUGCACUGGAUGUAUCUUACUGAACGCAUUGAAUUCUUUUAAAGAUGGCGGACCGACUGUAACCGGCUAACCAAGAUUUAUGGGCUUGGUGGGUACCAGCUCGUAAUUAGUCCACUAUUGGGCGUAGUUAGUUUAGUAUAAUAUGUCAAAAUUAUGGUAUGUGAUAUGUUCGGAUAUUAUACAUAUUUUAAUUGAAAAAUUCAAAUAAAAA